UCCCACUGUCAGUGUUGGGUCCACUGUGUUAUGUGUGCUGAUGGUGCAACUGUACAGUGACCGCUAUUUACCUUUUGAGGAGGGUUCCACAUACACUCGCUGCUGGAUAUCAAUUUGAAAUUGACGCUGGAGAUGGACAGCUAGCUUGCAUAUAAAGACGAAAUGUUUAUCUUAGCUAUCAGUCACUUCUGGGACACGUAUCAUCAAAUAAACGUAGAAGGGGAUGAGAAUCAUGAAGCCAACCCGUCACCUGCUCCUGGUGCUUUGUCCCAUGGUGGUCCUGGGCUUCCUCUACUACUCCUCUGGGAGACUGCACCCCUGGGGCUGGGGACAUAAAUCACUGUAUGACAAACAGGGAUUCUUGCUGAAGUUGGAUGGUAAUCUGCCUUUGGAGCUGAUGUACAAGUAUGGCAAUCUCAGCGAGGGAGUCUGCAAGCCUGGCUAUGCAGCUGCUAAGAUGACUGCCAUUUAUCCAAAGUUCACUAAACCAGUCCCCAUGUUCCUUGAUCCGAAUUUUAGACGAUUCACCAAAAUCAGCAAAUUCUUCCCACCCUUUGGAAUGAAAAUGCAAGAAAAGAUCAUAGAUAAUAUUCUGACGGCCACAAAGAGCUAUGGUCUGGAAGAUGAGCUGGACAGUCUGAGUUGUAAAAAGUGUAUAAUCAUGGGAAAUGGUGCUAUUCUGACCAACAAGUCUAUGGGUGCAAGGAUUGACGAGUACAAUGUGAUUGCAAGGUUGAACGAGGCCCCAGUGAGUGGCUAUGAGAAAGAUGUGGGCUCCCGGACCACUAUGCGUAUCACCUACCCAGAGGGAGCCAUCCAGAAGACUGAACGCUACGAACAGGACUCCCUCUUCGUUCUCUCUGCCUUCAAAGCUCUCGACUUCAAAUGGCUGCGGUCCAUGAUCUUUAAAGAGAGGCUGCAUAGUACAGAUGGGUUCUGGAAGUCUGUGGCCCAUCAUGUCCCCAGGGAGCCCAGUGAGAUGAGGAUCCUCAACCCUUACUUCAUCCAGGAGGCUGCCUUCAGGUUCAUUGGCCUGCCACACAACAAGGGACAGAUGGGGAGAGGGAAUAUUCCGACACUGGGGACUGUUGCCAUAACAAUGGCCCUCCAUAACUGUGAUGAGGUAGCCGUGGCUGGAUUUGGUUAUGACAUGAGUACCCCCCACGCUCCCCUACACUACUAUGAGAAGAUCAGGAUGGUGGCCAUCAAACAGUUUCUGCCUAUAGGAAGGGAGGAGCAGAAUGGAGGCAUGAUCUGAUUUGCUGAAGGAAGGGCGCUGGGGAGGGCUUUUUAGCCGUCCCGGAAAAGGGGAGUAACACUUGUCAAUAAUUCCAUGGCUGUUUUCUACAAAUGCUUUUGGGGACUGUCUUUUUAAUUUACAAUGAUUACAUCAAGGUAGCUAGUGAAAACAAAGUUAGCUAGCUGAUUACAUUUAAUUAACUUAGCUAAACAGUGUGUAAAGUUAGCUAGCUAGCAGCUCAGUUGAGUUAGCCUACAAAGUAGCCUACUACUAUUACUGUUUUAACAUUUUUCAAAAUGUAUUUACUUACUUAAAUAGGUUCUCCCACUGCCUCUGUUUUUUUUGUGUCCUUACCCUAGCAACCUGGUCCCUAACUCAGAGGUGUGAAGUGGUCUCUGCCACUGUACAAUGGGGUCAAGCUGAGGCAGGGGAUGGUAGCCUACCUAAGCAGUAAACCGACAAAGGUUAACUGCCUUGCUCAAGGGCAGAACAACACAUUUUUACCAUGUUGGCUCGGGGACUCGAUCAAGCAACCUUUCGGGUACCUAGCCAAUGCUCCUACCCGCCAGGUUACCUACCGCCCAUUUAUAGAAGACUCUAAAGAUCAUUAUCUUAUCCUAGGUUCCAGUGAUUAAUUCCUGAAGUGCGUAAUUUAUACCUGCAGCCUUUAUGUACAAAACCCUCUAACCUGUAUCAUUAAAUCCUCAGACAUUAACCAUUCAAACCUUCUCCCUAUCUCUGAUACUGAAGAGACAAACUUUGUAGCCUUUUACUGCUGGGGUGCAGAGAGACAACAGGUCAGAAAUAUUUUGCACCACCUCAACAAAACUCACCACUGGAUCCUUCCUACGAGGACAAGCCUCCAGCGUGGACUGUGCAACCAUGUGUUAGUGUGUCACUGACCAUGUAAGUGGACUUUAGGGUUCAUGUGUAUAUUCUGCCUCUCUAUAUAAUAGUCCCUUGGGACUGUGUAACUACUGUGUAAUUACUGUGUGCUUAUUCAUUUGAGGGUUAAAUGUUACUAUCUCAGGCCUGUGUACUAGCCACACUAGUCCUGCUUAUCUGGCCCUUAUGGCAUAGUUCAGGGGUACAUACUUUUUUCAUGUUCAGGCUAUGAGGUAAAAUCUUUCCCCAUUACACUCCAUGAGCCAAGAUGGCUGCCAGCCUAUUGUGUCUCACACUCACCCAAGAUGGCCGGCCUAUAACAUCAUCACGUCCUGGCCUCUCCCGAAAUGCCUGCCCCCAUGACCUUGUUAUUGUCUACACGUUAACAUCCUUGCAUGCUAAUGCUAUCUAUUAGCCUUGCGCGCUAACUGUAUAGCUUUUACGUUGUCUGCCAUGUCCAAGAGCCUGUGGUCUAUCAGCCUAGCAUGCUAUCCUGCCUCUGUAUAUACUGUCCCGUACUACUAGCCUGUUAUUGCCUAACCUAGUGUGCUACAUGUAUACUGUCACAUUGUGUGCUACAUUAUCUGGGUCCUACUAGCCUCUCUGUGUAGCCAUUAUUGCUAACGUACUUAUACUUCUCAUGCUACUACUAUUCCUUUGUACAUCCUGUAGCAUGUUCUGUUCAUUGUGUGCUAUUAGCCAAUAUAUUGCUUGCCCCACUUUACAAUGAUGCAGUUCUUAGCACUGCUAUUACUACGGUAGCAUUACAAUUACAUUGUUAUUACUUCCUAUGCAGCUAUAACAGUUGUACAUUGUCUGAUUCCUAGACAACCACUAUCCCUUUCACCAUCAGUCCAAUUCCUAUCGCUGUGUGUGUGCCUGUCUGUCUUGAAUGUGGAAUAAAGCGUGUUCUGUA